AUGAAUGUUAUGCUGCUUCAUCCGAUCCAAGAUACAGAGGUCAAGAAGGCAGCCAUACAAUUGGGAGCUCUUAAGGCCCUGGGUCCUGAUGGUUUUCCUGGUAUGGUUAAUCAAUUUAUCUCUCAACACAAUAAGGAAUGGAAAGAUGGGUUCAUCAAAGGCAUCCUUAAUGCGCAGGAGUGUAAGGCUAUUCUAGCUAUUCCUAUUACAAAAUUUCUUGGUGCUGAUAGGCGUGUUUGGAGACUGGCUUCUAUAGGGGUGUUUAGAGACUGGCUUCUACAGUGGUCUGAGACUUUCGAUGCUGCUAUGGGGAGGCAGGUUGUGCAUCAGUUUGGUUCGUCUUAUCUCAACUUGAAUAGUUCGGGACUAUUUCGGCUCAUUUCUUUGUGGUGUGAUGGUGCUUUUAAGAAGGGUAAGGCAACUGUAGGGGUGAUUCUUAAAGGUUAUAAUGGUACGUUGGAGGCUGGUAUUGGCAAGCAUAUUCCGACUGUUUUCAGCCGAUUUUCAAAAGCUGCUGCUAUUCAUGAAGCGUGUUUGUUGGCCAGUGCAUCUAGGUUACGAAACGUGACUAUCCCAAGUGACAAUCUGGAGAAGAUUGUAAGAGUUCCUGCAAGUUUUGGGAUCAUUGGAAUGGAGAGCUUAAUCAACAAGAUACGAAAUUUGGAUGCAUACCCCAAGAUCAAUGAGGAUUUCUACAGCAGAACCCUCUCCGGUGGAGUUAUCACCGUCGCCUCCUCCAUUCUCAUGCUCUUGCUUUUCAUCUCCGAGCUCAGAUUAUAUCUCCAUGCUGUAACCGAGACAAAGCUAGUGGUAGAUACUUCAAGGGGGGAAACACUACGUAUCAAUUUUGAUGUGACUUUUCCCGCGCUUCCAUGUUCUAUACUCAGUGUAGAUGCCAUGGAUAUCAGUGGAGAGCAACACCUUGAUGUUAGACAUGACAUCAUCAAGAAAAGGAUUGACGCUCAUGGUAAUGUAAUAGAAGCAAGGCAGGAAGGGAUCGGUGCUCCCAAGAUUGAUAGACCUUUACAGAGACAUGGUGGCAGGCUGGAGCACAAUGAGACAUACUGUGGUUCAUGUUAUGGUGCAGAAGCAGCUUUUGGGAAGACAGAAAAAGGAAUAGUUGGGUGUUGCCUAGUUUUGUGCACUGUUUAUCAGUUGGCUGUCAGAUGAUGAUUGUUGUAACUC